AUGGGCAUGGGGUUGUUCUACAGGCCCUUCUACUGCCAGGCUUCAGUUCCAAUAUCAGUGGUAGAACCACUACUCUCUCCCCUGAAUUAUCUUUGCCCCCGUCUCCCACCACCCUUCUCUCCCUCCCACUUUCUUCCCCUUAACUGUCUAUCCCCAUGUCCACGUCUGCCCUGCCAUCCACUACCCUCCCCACAUCUCCCAUCCCCUCCCAGGUUUGUCUUCGAGUCGCCUCUCCCGGUGGGCCGCCUUGUCUCCAUGGUAGCAGACAAAUCUCAGGUGUGCACGCAGCGCUCGUGGCGCCGCCCGUACGGCGUGGGGCUGCUGGUGGCCGGCUUCGACCAGACCGGCCCGCACAUUUUUCAGACCUGCCCGUCGGGCAACUUCUGGGAAUUCCACGCCAUGGCAAUCGGGGCGCGUUCGCAGGCCGCCAAGACGUACCUUGAGCGCAAGUAUGAGUCGUUCGGGGCGUGUUCGCUGGACGAGCUGGUGCGACACGCGCUGCUUGCUGUGAAGGAGUCGCUGCAGGAGGGGGAGCUGAGUGGAGCCAACUGCAGUGUCUCUAUUGUGGGGGAGGGGCAAGCGUUUAGCAUUUUGACGGAUGCGCAGGUGCAGGAGCAUAUAGAUAGGAUGGAGAAUGAGGAGGGUGGGCAGGGAGGGGCGGCGAAGGAGGAAGUAGAGGUGGUGGAGGAGGUAGAGGUGGAGGAUGUGGAGGAGGAGAAGGCAGGGGAAGGAGAGGAGGGUGGUACCAGGGAGGGGUCUGAGGGUCCUGCUCCUAUGGAGGCUUGA